AUGUCUUCAAAGCAAUAUAAGUCAACAGGGGAGGAUGUUUGGAAGAAUAAGACGGAAAAAGUGAAUGCCGAAUUAUUUGCUCUGACAUAUGGUGCACUGGUAGUGCAACUGAUAAAAGAUUAUGAAGAUUACGAAGAGGUGAAUAAACAAUUGGAUAAGAUGGGCUAUAAUAUCGGUACAAGAUUGAUCGAAGAUUUCCUUGCAAGGUCAAACAUUCAAAGAUGUCAAGAUUUUAAAGAAACAGCAGAAGUUGUUAGCAAAGUUGGCUUUAAGUCAUUUUUGAAUAUCACACCAACAAUCACACAUCAUAAUCGAGCUUCAACGCAAACGGGAGGAUCCGUUGAUAAUGCAAGCAAUAGCGGUGAUACGGCCGGUCAAUCGGGAACUGCGAAUGAUGCAACAGCUGCUACAGGUGCUUCUGCUUUGGCAAACAGUACAACACAAGAGUUCUCUUUGACAUUUGAAGAGAACCCACUGGCAGAAUUUGUUGAGCUUCCUGAUGAUGCAAGACAAGGAGGUCUAUGGUUCAGUAACGUAUUGGCAGGUGUGGUUCGAGGUUGUCUGGAAAUGGUGCAAAUGCAAACUGAAUGCUUCUUCGUUUCGGAUAUCUUACGUGGAGAUGAUUCCACCGAAUUACGGGUUAGACUGGUGCGGUAUUUGGAAGAAGAGGCACCUUUGGCCGACGACUAAAGGGUUGUCGAGUAUACCUGUUGUAUGUAUUAUAUGAUAUCAGACUCUUUACUAGAGAGAAACCUAAGUAUGAUUGAGUUGAAAGAAAUAAAGUACAAUAUAAUGCGUGCG